GUUAAGUUAAACAACGAAGGUUAAGAAAGGACAAGCUUCGGGCUUCCACGGCUCAUUCUGUUUCGGAUAUUUGCAGAAGAAAGGCAAUCGCUCCCGAUUAUUUAUUGAACACUCUCCAGAAGGUUCUUUGUUCGCAAAGCUAUUUGGAUAACAUGGCCGAAGACAGCUCUAACGAAAUGAUUCUGGCGACAACGGAAAACAUCACGAACCUCAAGGUAACUCGUGGAACCAUACACUUCGUGACCAAAGUGGUGAAACCAUGUCGUCGAAUUUCAAACCGGCCGUUUCGGAAUAUUGGGGUUGUCGACCUACCGGAACAUUCAAGGAGCCAGAGUGCUCGGUUUCCCGACGAUUCUGACAGCAUGUUGUCGUCAGCCUCGUUCUCAUUUGAUGAACCGAUUGAGGAGGAGGAGGAGGACGACGACGACGACGACGAGGAGGACGCGGAGAUGAAUGUCGUCAUGAAUGAUGAUGAAAGUACGGAAGUCAUAGUGAUGUCAGAGGAAGAGGAAGGGGAAGGGGAGGAGGAGGGGCAAGAGGUGCAGCAACAGCAGAAAGAAGAAUCAGUCGACGACGAUGAUGUCCCAGGACAGACUCGUCAAAAGAUGUCUCUCGUCUUCCGACUAGAAACCACUAUCUCCACUCAGCAGGGAAACGAGAUAAGGGACACCUUACAAGGACUGAACACGGCUGCCGAACGACGCCAAGUCGAUUGUCCUGCAUCUCGAGUGCUCAAUGAGGAGGUGUUAAGUAUCUUUUACAAUAUGCUGACCGAAUAUUUGCCAACGGGGUAUAACGCCUUGUAUCUGCGUUGCUGCAAUGCUGUUGAAGAAAAUGAUGCCGAGUCAGACGGCAAUGAUUCUGAUAAUGCUACUGAUUCUGAAAAUUCAAAUGCUUGAUUUUUCUUAUUCUGACAUUAUGCAUAACUCGGGGGAAGAUUUAUUUUGUUGUGAGUUGUGUCAAAAUCAAAUGGCUUAUAAAUAUAUCCAAAAUUGUAUC